UUUAGUGCUUUGUUCUAGAAGUCAGAUUUUUUGUAGCUUAAUCACCAUUAGCUCUGUAUCUUUAAUAUUACUUCUAUUUUAGGAGUUUUUUUAAUUAUAAUUUCAUUUCUUUAGAUAGCCAGAAAAACCUUCCUUUUGCCUUAAACUUUGGUUUCCCUUAAGAAGGGCAGUGUUAUGUGGGGGAAGUCCAGUCUCAGCCAUGCUACUGGCUCAAUGAGUAGUAAGGUAAGUCAUUUCCUUUUCUGUGACUAAGAGCUUAAUCAAAAUACCCCACAUGCCUUCAAUCAGUGAAGGUCCUUUUUUUUAAAUACAUCAUGAUAUAAACAGAUUUGGGGAAGGGGAAAGGCAUUUACUUUUGGGGGGAGAACUGUUUCUGAAAAUGAAGCAGACUGGAUACUCUCAGAACCCUUUCAGUUCAAACCUAGAUAGAAUUUAUUUUUAAUCUCUAGACAGCUGAGCUAGCAAGAAGCAGAAAGAGACAAAAUUAACCAGAGAACAGAUCAGGACUAACAAAGACGAAACCACCAGUUGCCCCAAGGACAUUUGACAAUCCUUUGUAGCCUAAUGUUUUCUAAGCUCUUCUUUCUUCACAGAGUAAGAACUUAGAUCAAGACCCAGAAAGAAAGCCCUAGGACCCGAAAGGUGCCCGCCUCAGUGAAAGGGUGGAUGUGACAAAAACCCUCCCUCAGAGAAAGGAUACCUGGCUCAGGUUUGUAGGGAGGGGUCUAGGGUGUUGCCAUAGGAGGGUCUUCUCAGAAUCCCAUCUAUAAGCUAGUUGUUCAAGCAAAGUUGGAACAGUUCACAUUCUGUGGCUUGGAGGAAAGCAAGCUGAGAAUUUAAAGUAGCUCUAGUUGGCAGUGGCCACGAGUGCCUGGUAAUCCAGCACAAGUUUCCUAUGGGAGAACAGUCUUCACCCCAGGCCUCAAUUCUACAUAAAGCUCUAGGAACCAUGGGUUUACAGUCAGAGAUGAGCAAACAGCCACCAUGAUGAGACUCAACAGAAACUAGAAGUGAGCCAGACUUGACCAGACAGUGGAAUUAACAGAUGGACAAUAAGUAUGCGGAGUAUGUUUGAACUACAACGGUAACUAAAAUGGGACCAAGGAUAAGGAGGCUCCAAAAGUGACCAUGUAGUUUUGAAUAAUGACAAAGAACUUUUAGAAAACAGUAAACAUUUUUGUAGCUUUCGUACUUCAGGCUUUUGGCCUUUUGGGGGAGCUUUUAUCGUUUACCUUCCCACUCCCUUAGUGGGUGUUUUAAUCUAUGAAGCCUCUUUCCCAGUCACCUUGCAGUAAAUUUACUCCACUCACUGCUCACACCGCACUGACUACCUGGGGCAUCAUAUUCUGACCUGAUUUCUCUCCCUGUCAACAUUCUGCCUUUUCCUUGAGCUUGAUGUCACCCCCACCCCACCACCCACAGCAUUUCCUCUGUGUCCUUUUCUUCAGGUUUUGCUCUUAUUCCUUCUCCCUCUCAACCUUGCGAUCAAAAUUCAGGCUAUUAAACUGAGUUAUCACUAAUAAUAGAAGCGGCAGAAUCCCAGUCCCUCCACAUCAUCCCUACAUUAGGGUAUUUAGAUCAGUUUGUUGGCAAAUUACAAAACUCAACUUUGACCAAAAGAGCUGUAUUUGAGUUACCUUCAUGAGGUGAAAGUCUGCCAGAUAAUCGUAUAUUUCUAAGGCAGUACAGUCGGAAGUUUCUUGUCAGGCCUCUAAUAAUUCGGACAUUCUGUGGUGUUCUGCUGUACGUAGGUAUUGAUAGCUAAAAAGCCCAGUGAAAACAAUAAAAGAACAUACCAAAAAGCAGCUAAAUAUGCAGAAGCAAUCCACCUCCCUGCACAUUUAUCAGGAGCUAUGAAAGUGAUUACUCACUUGGUUCUGAAAAAAUUGAUCCACAACACUUCUCAGUAGCAUAUUUGUUAAAGAGAAGAGAGGAAAAAAUUACCUCACUGGGGUCUCCCCAACUUGAUUCUCUUGAACACUGGCUGUUUUGACCUUCAGUCUGUGGGAUAUUACGAAAGCCACCCAAUUUCCUGGUAUAAUGAACUCUUAGGCUAUUUGUGCACAUACGAGGUGUAUUUGCCUUAAGCAGUACAUUAUGAAUGGAUGGCAGCAAAAUGUCUAAGGCCUUCCCUUCAGAAAAAUCAUGGCAAAUACCAGACUGAAAAACCCUUCAUUCACAAAAUACUUUGGUAGCUGUCUAUGUAGGAGUGAGUCUAUAACUCCAAGGCCAAAUCCUAUUACUUUGUGUCUUAGUUAUGUUUUUUGGUUUAGGUUGUUUUUUCCUUAAAAAUGGACGUGCAAAUUGUAGCACUCAAAUCUGUAUGGAGGGUGUCAGGGUCAGCCCUUCGGUACUGGGUUUAAUCACUGUCAGGAGUUUGCUGAGGUAAUGGGAAACAUCCCAACUGGAUAGGCUGGAGUCAUUUUUCUUUUCCAACAGGCUGAUUCAUAUUCUGUCUCGUGUCACUGUACAACCUUGAGCAAGUUUGUCCAUCCUUUCUUUUUUGCAUUUUUUUCAGAUGUAUUUUUUUCAAUUAUACAACAAACAAUUGUUGCAGGGUCAGGGAGGGGAAUGAGGAGUGACUGCUAAUGGGUGUGAAGUUUUGGUCUGGUGGGAAAUGUUCUCAGAUAGUGGUGAUGGUUGCACAACUCUGUAAAUACUCCAAAAAACACAUAAGUUGUACUCUUUAAAAGGGUGAAUUUUGUGGCAUGUGAAUUGUAUCUUAAUAAAGCUGCUCUUUAUAUAAUUCAGUGUGUCAACAGUACAGGAAUCCUCAUGUCCACAUCACUCAGACUCCCCAGUUUGCAACUUAUGACCAACCUUGUUUUACCUACACCUGUAUCCACUUGCCCCUUUCUUGAAUUAUUUUGAAGUGAAUCUAUCUAAAUAUUUCAGUAUACAUCUAUGGAUGCUGAGGACUUUUUGAAACAAUCAUAACAUCAUUACAUCUAAAUAUUUGUAUGGAAGCAUAGAUUUGGGUUCAAUAGAUUACCUCCCUGGAAACUUACGUCCCAGACUUAGCUCAGUAGUCCUUCGUCGUCUUCCUCUGUUCCUAUGUGGCCACCCAUGCAGAGGAGUGAGUAGAGCCAGAAGAAAGUCGGAGCAAGUGGGUACCCAAAAAGGAUGUCCAGGUUUGCACUUGACAGCAUUGAAAUCUCUUUUGUGGAGACUUCUGCCGAACAAAUAUCACUAGCUGUAGGCAUUGCAAUGGCACCAUUUUAAUGAUUUCUGUAUCUGUAAAGACCAAUAGGGGAUAAUAAUUCUAAUCCAUGCUGUCAUUCAUAGCCUCAGCCUUUAUGACUUAACUGCUCUUGCAUAUGAAACUGCUUGUUUUCCUUAAAUGGAACUUGCUAAUUCUAUCCUUUUUUUCUUUUUUUUUUUUUGCAUGUUCAUGGUGUUGAAGCUAGCAACAAGCCCUGCCUCUAUACUGAUCUGCCCUUUGCUUACAUUUCACUUUCCUAGUGAAGCCUUCCCUAAGUUGCCCCCGGCUCUCCCACCUCUGUCCUCCUCUCUGUGGGUCCCCACUUUGAACUUGUUGUUAAGUCAGUUUCUGUUGAUUCCCUGGGGUCAGUUGUCCCCUCCCUGUUAUCUGCUCCCAUCUGCAGCAUGUCAAUUACUUGGCCCCAGAGGUUAACUUCCAAAAAUGAAAACAAUUUAAAACAUGAAUUGUCUCAGCCAGAAAUCAGUCAGCUAUCUCCUGGUCCCCAGCCUUCAUGGGGACUACACAUGGGGCGACCACAGAUAGGGCAGUGCUGUAACCAUAGGAAGGUUCCCAUGAGAGUGACAACUUAUUCGAGAUGGAACCUGAACCAGGCUCAGGAGACUGGGUACUGGUUUGUUUAAAUGAAAUAAAACUGCAAACGUGGCUAGCAAGCAGUCUGCUCCCCUGUAGGUCCUCUCUGGAUGUUUGGUCUGAAUUUAGGGAAAGCAAAAAGCCUUAGCAAGUAACGCUGGACUGCUUAAGCUAGUGUUGUGGUUUUGGUGAGAUUAAGAGAUAAUAUAACUGUAAUGCCAUGUGCUCAGCAUAGCCUUGGUGCAGAGUCGGCACAUAGAAAAUGUUCAUUGUUAAGUGUAAGCAAGGACCAGGAGAUGGGCACGGAGGUCAGAGCAGGGAGAAGUGUGCACUGGAGUGAGAAAUACACGGGACUAGGUCCUUGAAGGCAUCCACUGAUUGUUUUCUCCUGGCUGUUCCAGAGCAAGUUUUAGAGAGCAGGAAGGAAAAAGCCCUAACCACUAUCGGAAAUUUAUCCUAGUGGCCUCUCAUCAGGAAAAUAAGGUUGUUCUGUCCUGUGGGAGUUAUUCAAGAGAUGAGAAUGCUGUGUGCUCCUACACUGAGCUUUUCAAAGUAGGAACUUCACCCGAUAAAGCAGAACAGUUUUUUUUUCUUCUUUUGUGGUUUCACAUAGCAAAUGUGUGACAGUCUCUACUUACAGAUGAAGGGAGGCAUCAGGCACUGAGGAGUGAGGGUGGCCUGAAUUUCAGGUCUCCCCUCCUGCACCCUUUACACUUUACUCUUACUGUGCUUUCCAGAAAGUUUGCCUGCUUGGAUAAACGUUUUGACAAUUUCCCAUGUUGUCAGCUCCAUAGAAUCCAGUUUCUGAGAACCAGCCAAAGACGAGCAGUGACAUUGCAUAAUCUGCGUCUGCAGCCGGGGACACUAGCCGUGGAGCUCCAGGGAGCCGCUUCACAUCGCCAGCAUGAAAGGAGCGAGCGCUGUGGACGGUGGGCCCGCGGCACUCUUGGCCAGGGCGCUUUACGACAACCGCCCCGACUGCUCAGACGAGCUGGCUUUCUUCAGAGGAGACAUCCUGACCAUUCUGGAACAAAACGUGCCGAAAAGUGAGGGCUGGUGGAAGUGCGUGCUCCACGGGAGGCAAGGCCUGGCCCCUGCCAACCGCCUCCAGGUCCUCCCGGGUGCCCCUGCAGACAGGCCCUGUCCGCCUUUCCUGCAAGGCCUGGAGAAAGCUCUUUGCAGCUCUGGGGAGACCUACCAGGUGCCCACCCUGACCCGCUCCACAGCUCCAGGCCCCAUAUAUGAGCAGAUGAAGAGCUGGGUGGAGGGGCCUCCACCAGCCACUGCCCAAGUCUACGAAUUCCCAGACCCACCUGCCAACACCAGAAUCGUCUGUGAAAAGACUCUAAGCUUUCCGAAACAGGAGCCAGAGAAGCAGCAGUUAUAUGACACACCCACCAGCUCCCAAAAGGCAGGACUCGGCGCUCCAGGCGGCCAACCAAGUGGGCAGGGUGUGACAUCAACCAUCGCCAUAAGGAAAAGUGGCUACAGCACGUUACCAAGCCCACAGAAAUCCGAAUGGAUCUACGACACCCCAGUGUCUCCUGAAAAGGCUGAUAUUAGAAAUGUAUUUCUAACCAGCUUUGCAGAAGAAUCCGAGUCCCAGGAUCUCCCCAAGUGUAUGUCCAGCUUCCAUAAUCCUCCCGGAGCAAGGUCUCUUACUCCACACCUGAAAAGAAACGGGCCCAUGCAGAAAAAACUCAGCCUUCCAGAAAUUCCUUGUCAUAGCUUUCGGGUGCCCAGGGACACAUUCUCUUUGGAUGACAGCGUCAGCUACAAGGUUCCUUCAAGCUUUCUGAUUCUCCAAAUGGAACAGCAGAACACAAAGCCAAAUAUUUACGACAUCCCUAAAGCAAUGCUAAGUGUCCGUCCAGCUGCAAAAGAUCUGGAGAAACCCAGUGGGGUUCCAGAGAACUCCAUGGACCAUAAUUCCUCAUGGCUCUCCGGACAGGCGGCAUCUCUGUCUCCUGAACCAGAUCGAUUAUCCAUUUCCAGUUCUGACAGCAGAGCCAGUGUCGUCUCCUCAUGCUCCUUUGCAUCCACGGACUCUUCAUCUAGCUCCUUCUCUGAGGAGUCAGUGAAGCAGCUCUCCUUGGACCCAGACUUGGCCAAAGAGACGGUGACAGCCCUGCAGCACAGGGUGGCCAGCUCUGUUGCAGGCCUGAUGCUCUUUGUAAGUAGGAAAUGGAGGUUCAGAGACCAUCUAGAGGCCAACAUCGAUGCCAUUCACAGGGCCGCCGACCACAUAGGAGAAUCUUUGAGAGAAUUUCUGGAUUUUGCCUACAGAGUCCGUGGAACUGCCUGUAACCUCAAUGACAGUAACCUUCAGAGCAGAAUUAGGGAUCAACUACAGACAAUCUCCAACUCCUACCAAAUCCUACUUGAAACAAAGGCAAGCCUGGAUAGCUGUAAUUGGUCCCCGGAAAUCCUGGUGACUGACCAAGUCCAAAACAGCCCAGAUGACCUUGAGAGAUUUGUCAUGGUGGCACGGAUGGUUCCAGAAGACACCAAAAGGUUUGCCUCUAUUGUCAUUGCCAAUGGGAGGCUCCUUUUCAAGCAGAAUUGUGAAAAGGGAGAGACCUUGCAAUUGACCCCAAACGCACAAUUUAAGCUUACAAAUUGCAUCCAGCCUCCCCAAAGGGAAAUCGAGUCAUACCAAAGGAGUGCUCCUUUUAAUAAACAAGGGGAAGAUGAACACUCCCCUGAAUUAUUAAAGAAAAAUAGCACAAAUGUCUGUGAACAGAUGUUGCCAAGUCUAGAAGAGAAAGAAAAACCCAUCUGGGAACAAAGGUUGCAUGAAAACAGAGACAUAGAAACACAGAAUCCUAGCUCCUUUAUCCCCCGACCUUUGAACCAGCAGAAUCCUGAGAAGAAAAUCCACCUUUCUGAACACUGCCGGCUCUAUUUUGGGGCGCUCUUCAAAGCCAUCCGUAUAUUUGACAGCAGCCUCAGCAGCAGCCCGCCCCCGGAGACCUUCAUCACACAGGGCAAGCUGAUCGUCAUGGUGGGACAGAAGCUGGUGGACACGCUGUGCAAGGAGACCCAGGAGAGGGAUGUGCGCAACGAGGUCCUCCGUGGCAGCAGCCACCUGUGCAGCCUGCUCAAGGACCUCGCACUGGCCACGAAGGAUGCAGUGCUCAGGUACCCGAGCCCUGCAGCCCUGGGGCACCUCCAGAUGAAGGUUGAGAAGCUGGAGCAACACACACAGCAAUUCAGAGGCACACUGGAAUGAGCCUCCUUCCCUGCCCCCUGUCCCCCUUAACCUCUUAGCUUCAGCUUCACCGCACAACCCGUGCAACUCUUUCCUAUGGGAAGAGCCAACCUGGGGCACACCGAUGGGCGGAGAUAGCCAUGGUGCCCAAAGCCGGUAUUACCUAGUGGCUGGGCAACCCCAGGACAUUGACUGAGUCAGGGAGGAGAGCUAGCUGUUAAGUAAGACCUUGCUAAGUUUUUAGCAUAUCGUGUAGGGUCAGUGUAUGAUGUUGUAGAAACCAAUUUUUAUAUUGGUUAAAUGUAUGCCUGUUGUAAAUUCAUUCAUUCAGUAUUUAUUUAUUAGCCACCUACUAUAUGUCAAAUUCUAGGUUCUGGGCAUACAGCAGUGAAUCAGACAGACAUCAUGUGCUCAGGGAAUUUACAAUCUAGCAGAACAACAAUGAGUGAUGAAGAAAUACAUACAUACAAUGACAGGAGCUAGGGAGAAAAUAAAGUAGGAGAUGAGGAAGAGACUUAUUUUCAAGUGAUUGACUUCUGUCGCAUCUGCUAGAAAAUGUAGCAAGUUUUUCAAUUUCGACUGAACAAAUCCUGUGAGAUUUGUACAGAUUAUGUAUCUAAAGAUGCACAUUAUAUUUACAACAUAACCUGUCUUGUUGGGUUCCCUAUUAAUUUAUUUUGUACAUUGUGGAGUCUGUGUUAAUAAAUUUAGUAUGCUCAACCAGAAAAGGUUUAUACUUCCGCAGUCUGAAAUCUGUUCCCAUCUAUAAUCUUAUGUAAACAUAAUCAUGAAUUGAAACAUCCUUUGCAACAACCCUUUGGAAAAGUCUUUGAUCAGCAUCACUAGGGUUCUGGUACCAAAGCAAAGCGCCCAGUGUUUACUUUUGCUGUUCAAAUGCUUUUCCCUCAAGAGUGCAGGGAGGCCAAGUUCUCAAGUGCAAGAUUAACAGGGAAAAGCAAAGCAUCACUUGUAGCAGCGCAGCCAGGAGCUGUGGUACGAACAGGUUGCCCUGUGCUGGGCACAGAUCCGAAAGUGACACAGAGCUGUCCUCCAGCCCAACCACCCCUCCUUCCUCUCCUGUCAGCUGGGUCUUUAGUUCAUGUUGCUAUGGUUAUAUCACCCUGACUUCACUUUGAGUAAAGGUCCAUGUCCCUUAUACAAACAUCUCAGCCACUAAACACCUCUGUAGCCUGGAAACAGCAUCUCCAGACUGAGGGUCACCUGAAAUGAUACCAGGUCCAACUCCUGUCUGCUACUCCACACACGGUAGGUGCAUUUGAAUUGUUGACUGCUAAAAGUCUGGUUAUUUUCACCAAGUUAGUCUCAGAGUCCCUAAAGAAGGACCCCAUCUUUGUGAAGUUUGGGUCUCUACAUUAGGACAGAGAGGCCCACAGUCUCUGAACAGCUAUGACUUGUAUCAGUUAGGUAAGUGUCCUUCUGUUACAAGUGAUCGAAAACCACAUCCAAGCUCAUGAGAGCCACACACCAGGAUCCCUGUAGGGGCUGAUCACGUAGCCUGCCUCUGCGUGACAGGUACCAACAUUUCCAACUCUUGGGGAAAGCAGGUAUUCAGCAUGAAUUGCAGCUCCUGUACAGAUGGCUUAGACACACUGUGUCAUUUUUAUCAACUCUGGGCAUGGUGGGAACCAUUCACAAAUCCAAGUUCCAAUACAACAACUGAACGUCAACCAUGCAAGCCUGCAAGCCCGCCUUCCUGAGGAUAGUAGUCGGGCCUUCUAUGUCAGCCCUUGCACAGAGACAC